GUGGCAAACGGGCAGCUCCCUCGGCAGAGGGAAAACGCGAGGGAGGCAGAGGGUUUGGUGUCUUACGUAGGGUAAAUCAGCGCUUUGGAAAGGGGAAGCUGCCUACGUUAGGUCCAUGGGGUAAAGGCAAAUACCGUAGUGGUAAAGGGAGGGAAAAAAAAAAACCCGCUCCUCCUCAAGACGUUUUGAGUCAGUGGUUUUCUUCCUGUGGGUUCAAUAGUUCCUGCCGUCUUGGGCGUUUUUUCACCCAGCUAGGAAAUCUUGGCUUUCCCAAGCAAAAGAAAAAGGAAAUAUUUUAGGAUGUUAUGUGCAUGAUUUUACCUUCUUCCUGAAGCGAACGUGUUUGGAGAAAGGAGAGAAGUGUUUAAAGAACAGAAGGAAGGAAGGAUGAGAAAAGUCCAUGAUUGCAGCUUUGUCAGUGUGUAUCGCAGAGAAACAGCAGAUGGAUUCAGUGUAUCGUCUGUGGCUUAAAAGAAAUCAGAUUCGCAGCUCUUCUGCUCUACCAGCCAUAUCACCAGGGCAAAAUGGCAUUCACAGGCAAAUAUGAAGUAGAAAGUGAUGAGAACUACGAUGACUUCAUGAGGAAGAUUGGUAUCCCCAGUGACGUCAUAGAAAAGGGAAGGAAUUUCAAAAUAAUCUCCGAGGUGGUACAGAAUGGAAAUGAAUUCACCUGGUCACAGCAUUAUCCAGGAGGCCACUCCAUGACCAACAAAUUCACAACUGGCCAGGAAGCAGACCUGGAGACAAUGAGUGGUAAAAAGUUCAAGGCAACUGUUAAACUGGAAGAUGGCAAAAUAGUAGCAGAUUUCCCCAACUAUCAUCAUACUGCAGAGAUUUCUGGAGGAAAGCUGGUAGAGAUUUCAACUGCUGGUGAUGUAACCUACAAAAGAAUCAGCAAAAGGAUUGCUUAAGGCAGUAAAACCAGUCGUCCAGUGCACUGAGGAAUAAGCCACAAUGCAAAUUAAUAAAAUGUGGUUCUGAGCUCUCUCUUUGCAUUACAAACAUGAAGAUUUUUUUUUCAGAAUAAUAUUAUUCCCAACAUUGGUACUUACUCAAUUCCUAUAGAUCUGAUAAAAAAGCCUAAUAAAAAUCACAAGGUACAAAGAGCAUUUUAUGAUGUUGCUUUAGUCUAAAUAUUUCAGGAUAUAAUUCGUACUUGGCAUACUCGGAUAUUGUCUACCAACUACUUUAAUAGGUCUCUUCAGCCUUGCCCUAGAGAAUAGGGCAACACUCUGCCCAAGGCAUACGUCAGAAUGUACGACCUAAAGAAAGUCUUUCACCUCAU